AUGGACACCGCGAAAGUAACUCCAAAGGCGGUUCAGCCUCCACGUAAUAUGGUGCGCGUGAUUCCGCCCAAGGGGAAGAACCAGGACAGUAAAGCGACCAAGCUAGGUAGUAAUCCCGAGAUUCGAUCCAGGCUGAGGCGAGCUAAUUCGAACGCAAAUCGGGUGAAUAUUGGGUGGAGGUCCCUCAGAUUUGAGGACUUCAUCCAGGUUCCCCAAUGUUUCAAGUGCCAAGCAUUUGGACAUGUGGCGAAAUACUGCCGAUCGGAUGAGGUAUGCGGCCACUGCGCCGAAAAAGGCCAUACCCUUGUAUCCUGCCAAAGCAGGGACAAACCUCGUGUUUGUUCUCCCUGCAAAAAGGCGGGCAAGGAGCAUAAGCAUGUGUCUAGAAAGGAGGCCUGUGCGACUUACAAAGUCGCACUCGAACGUCUCAUAGCUAGAACUGACUAUGGAUAA